CCGCGGGGACAUGGCCGAGCCGGGAGCCGGCCGAGCCCGGCAGGAGCAGCCGGGCCCCGCCGGCGACGAGGAGGCGGCGCCGGCCCCCAAGAAGCGGCGUCUGGCCGGCGGCGAGCGGUACGUGCCGCCGCCGCGGAAGCUGAACCCCGGCGUGAGCUUCGGCGCCGAGCACUUCGCCGAGACCUCGUACUACUUCGAGGGCGGCCUGCGCAAGGUGCGCCCCUACUACUUCGACUUCCGCACCUACUGCAAGGGGCGCUGGGUGGGCCGCAGCCUCCUGCACGUCUUCGGCACCGAGUUCCGAGCGCAGCCCCUCGCCUAUUACCGCGCCGCCGCCCGCGCCGGCCGCCUGCGCCUCAACGAGGAGCCCGUGCGCGACCUGGACAUCGUGCUCAAGAACAACGACUUCCUCAGGAACACGGUGCAUCGGCACGAGCCGCCGGUCACUGCCCAGCCCAUCCGCAUCCUGGCGGAGGACGAGGAGGUGGUGGUGGUGGACAAGCCCUCGUCCCUGCCCGUGCACCCCUGCGGCAGGUUCCGGCACAACACCGUCAUCUUCAUCCUGGGCAAGGAGCACGGCCUGCGGGAGCUGCACACCCUGCACCGCCUGGACCGCAUGACCUCGGGCGUGCUCAUGUUCGCCAAGACCGCCGCCGUGUCCAAGCGCAUCGACGAGCAGGUCCGGCAGAGGCAGCUGGAGAAGGAGUACGUCUGCCGGGUGGUGGGGGAGUUCCCCGAGCACGAGGUGGUCUGCGAGGAGCCCAUCCUGGUGGUUUCCUACAAGGUGGGCGUGUGCCGCGUGGAUCCCAAGGGGAAGCCCUGCCAGACGCUCUUCCAGAGGCUCAGCUACAACGGCAGCAGCAGCGUGGUGAGGUGCCUGCCGCGCACGGGCCGCACGCACCAGAUCCGCGUCCACCUGCAGUUCCUGGGACACCCCAUCGUCAACGACCCCAUCUACAACAUGGAGGCCUGGGGCCCCGACAGGGGCAAGGGCGGGAAGAUCGGGAAGACGGAUGAGGAACUGCUGAAGGCGCUGGUAGAGGAGCAUCGUUCCAAACAGAGCCUGGAGGUCUUGGGUAUUGGGGAGGAGGACUUGAACUCCGCUGGUGAAAGUAAAGACACUGGGAAUUCGGGUGACUGCACAAAGUCUGCGGAGGCUGAUCCUGUAAAUGGGAGUUCCUGCCCUGCUGAGGACGGGAAGGAUCCCGAGAGGAAUGACGUAGCAGCUUGUCCACUGAACUCUGAUAUCAACCUGGAAACGCUUGAUAAAGACAAAGAGCUCAGUUUGUGUGGGAAUCAGGAUGGGCAAGCGGGGGAGAAGGGUUGGGAAGAGAAGGACCCUUUGUGCGUGGAGUGCAGGACGAGCAGGCGGGACCCGUCUCCCAAGGAGCUGGUGAUGUUCCUGCACGCCCUGCGCUACAAGGGCGCGGACUUUGAGUACUGCUCCAGCGUGCCCGAGUGGGCCAUGGAGGACUGGGAGCAGUGAGCAGGACACCCGGCCCUGCGGACACUGCUGGCCGGGACAGAGGCGUGCAGAGACCAAAGACUGACUUUGCAUUGUGGCUGAGGUGAACAAAGUGUGCCUUGAGCUGGGCUGGGAGGGAUCGGUGGGGCUGGAGAAUUAUCCCGCUUCCCACAGGUGCUGUGAAAGAUGAGCAGGGAAGCGAGGCUAAAACAGGAGUUUUAUGUUGCCUUUUAGUGAACUGGCACUUGAGGGCAACAAGGAACAAACUCUGCUCGGCACAGGCAGCUUUGCCUUCAACUCAAUGGGUUCUGGAUCAAUUAUCCACAUGGAUAAUGAAGUGUAUGCACUAAAGUCAAGAACUAAUUUUUCUUCCAGCCUGCUGUGUUCCUGUGUCUUACAGUAAGAGCUGCUGGAUGUCAUGUCAUAAAAAAACCCCUGAUUUUAUUGUA